UGGUCAGUUCGCCGUGGUCAGACGAUGUCGACACAGGAGCUCCGGAGCCGAAUUCGCCGCCAAGUUUAUCAAGAAGCGGCGCAGCAAGUCGAGUCGGCGGGGGGUGAGCCGGGAGGACAUCGAGCGGGAGGUGAACAUCCUGAAGGAGAUCCAGCAUCCCAACAUCAUCACGCUGCAGGAGGUGUUCGAGAACAAGGCCGAGGUCAUCCUGAUCCUGGAGCUCGUCGCCGGCGGCGAGCUCUUUGACUUCCUGGCAGAGAAGGAGUCGCUGAGCGAGGAGGAGGCCACGCAGUUCCUCAAGCAGAUCCUGGACGGAGUCCUGUACCUUCACUCCAAACAGAUCGCUCACUUCGACCUGAAGCCGGAGAACAUCAUGCUGCUGAACCGCUCGGCGCCUCACCCGCGCAUCAAGAUCAUCGACUUCGGGUUGGCCCACAAGAUCGACUUCGGCAACGACUUCAAAAACAUCUUUGGGACGCCGGAGUUUGUCGCUCCAGAGGUGGUGAACUACGAGCCUUUGGGCCUGGAGGCCGACAUGUGGAGUGUCGGCGUGAUCACCUACAUCCUGCUCAGCGGCGCUUCUCCGUUUCUGGGCGACAACAAGCAGGAGACGCUGGCCAACGUGUCGGCGGUGGACUUCACCUUCGACGAGGAGUUCUUCAGCAGCACCAGCGCGCUGGCCAAAGACUUCAUCUUCAGGCUGCUGGUCAAAGAUCCAAAAAAGAGGAUGACGAUUCAGGACAGCCUCCAGCAUCCCUGGAUCAAGCCGAAGGACACGCAGCAGGCGCUGAGCAGGAAGGAGUCCGCCGUCAACAUGGAGAAGUUCAAGAAGUUUGCAGCACGGAGGAAAUGGAAGCAAUCCGUGCGACUCAUCUCCUUAUGUAACCGCCUGUCCCGCUCCUUCCUGUCCCGAAGCAACAUCAGCGUGGCGCGCAGCGACGACACGCUGGAUGAGGAAGACUCCUUUGUGAUGAAGGCCAUCAUCCACGCCAUCAACGAUGACAACGUGCCCGGCCUGCAGCAUCUGCUCGGCUCGUUGAACAGCUACGACAUCAACCAGCCCAACAAGCACGGGACGCCGCCGCUCCUGAUCGCCGCCGGAUGUGGCAACAUUCAGAUCAUCGAGGUUCUGAUGAGGAAAGGCGCCGAGAUCCAGGCCAACGACAAGAGUGGAGCCAACGCCGUGUACUACGCUGCCAGGCACGGCCACGUGGAGACCCUGAGAUUCCUGCACGAGAAGAGAUGUCCGCUGGACGUCCAGGAUAAGUCGGGGGAGACGGCGCUUCACGUGGCGGCUCGCUAUGGAAACGUGGACGUGGUCAGCUACCUGUGCGCCAUCCAGGCCAACCCCAACCUGGCAGACAGAGAGCAGGAAGUUCCUCUGCACUGCGCCGCCUGGCACGGUUACUCCGCCGUGGCCAGGACUCUCUGCCAGGCCGGCUGCGACGUCAACGCCACCAACCGCGAAGGAGAGAGCCCGCUGCUGACGGCGUCGGCGCGGGGCUUCGUGGACAUCGUGGAGUGUUUGGUGGAGCACCGAGCCGACCUGCAGGCGACCGACAAGGAUGGCCACACCGCCCUGCACCUGGCCGUGCGCCGCUGUCAGCUGGACGUCGUCCGCUGCCUCCUCAAGCACCACUGCCAGCUGGACCGGCAGGAUCGCCAUGGAAACACGCCGCUGCACGUCGCCUGCAAGGACGGGAAUCUGCCCGUCGUCGUCGCCAUGUGCAACGCCAAGGCCAACCUGGACCUGCCCAACAAGUACGGCCGGACUCCUCUCCAUCUGGCUGCUAAGAACGGGAGUCUGGAGGUGGUCCGCCAUCUCUGUCUGGCCGGAGCCAACAUCGACGCCGUCACCAACGACGGGAAGUCUGCCGAGGAUCUGGCCUCGGCUGAUCGGCACGAGCUCAUCGUCUCCCUGCUGGCUAAACUUAAGAAGGACAACCUGAAGCUGAGCUUCAUCCAGCAGCUGCGGCCCACCCAGAGCGUCCAGCCCAGGAUCAAACUGAAGCUGUUCGGACACUCGGGGGCCGGGAAGAGCACGCUGCUGGAGUCUCUGAAAUGUGGCAUCCUGCGCAGCUUCUUCAGGAGGAGACGACCGCGCGGGAACAGCACAACACGCCACCCCAACUCCCCGGUCAGCUCCAAGCCGGCAGUGUCCGUCAGCAUCUCUAACUUGUAUCCGGGCUGCGAGAACGUGAGCGUGCGCAGUCGCAGCAUGAUGUUCGAGCCCAGCCUGACCAAAGGCGUCCUGGAGGUCUUCUCCCCCGUCCACAGCAGCCUGUCCGCCGCCGACGAACAGGCCACCAAAGCCAUCGACAUCCAGCAUGCCAACAUCCACGGUGUGGGGGACUUCAGCGUCUGGGAGUUUUCCGGAAACCCCGUGUACCACUGCUGCUACGACUACUUCGCCGCCGACGACGUGACGGCGAUCCACCUGGUCCUGUUCAGCCUGGAGGAGCCGUACGAGACGCAGCUGGGCCACGCCACAUACUGGCUGAACCAGCUGAAGGCGCUGACGCUGCCGCAGGACAGCAUCGUCUUCGGAGGGCGCAUUCCGCAGCCGCUCGCCGUCGUCCUGGUGGCGACGCACGCCGACCUCGCCGGCCUGCCCAGAGCUUUCUCCGGAGAGUUCAGCUACGACAAGGAGAGGGCGCUGCUGAAGGAAGUCAGGAACAGGUUUGGGAACGACCUGCAGAUCAGCGACAAGCUGUUCGUGAUGGACGCUGGCGCCUCCAACUCCAGAGACGUGAAGCUGCUGAGGAGUCACCUGCAGGAGCUCCGCGCCGCCGUCGUCUCUCGCUGCAGUCCGGUCACGCCGCUGUCGGAGCGUCUGCUCGCCGCCCUGCCGGCCUGGAGGAAGCUGAACGGACCCAACCAGCUGAUGUCGCUGCAGCAGUUCGUCAGCGACGUCCAGGACAACAUCAACCCGCUGGUCAGCCAGGAGCUCCUGCGCGCGGCGGCCCAGCAGCUGCACAGCAUGGGGGAGAUCAGCAUCAUGCAGAGCGAGACGGUGCAGGACAUCCUGCUGCUGGAGCCGCGCUGGCUGUGCAGCGGCGUCCUGGGGAAGCUGCUCUCCGUGGAGGCGCCCAAAGCCAUCCACCACUACAGGGGGCGCUACAGGCUGGAGGAGGUGCAGGCGCUGGCCCCCGACAGCGACGUGGAGGAGCUGCUGCAGAUCCUGGACGCCAUGGACGUCUGCUCGCGCGACGCCACCAACCCCACCAUGGUGGACGUCCCCGCCCUCAUCAAGACCAACGGGCUGCACCGCUCCUGGACGGAGGACGAGGACGAGGACUCCCUGAUCUACGGGGGGGUCCGGCUGGUCCCCGCCGAGCACCUCACCGCCUUCCCCUGCGGCCUGUUCCACAAGCUGCAGGUCAACCUGUGCCGCUGGAGCCACCAGCAGAGGCCCGAGGACGCCGGUGGCGAGGACUCGGACGGAGACAUCCACCUGUGGACCAACGGCGCCAAAGUCAGCCAGUCGGGGGUGGAGGCCAUGGUGCUGCUGGUCAACCACGGGCAGGGCGUGGAGAUCCGGGUGCGCGGCCACGACUCGGACCGCGCCAAGAGCUACGCGCUGCUGGACACGGUCUGCAGCAUCACGGAGAACCUGCUGGCCUCCACGCUGCCCGGCCUGCUCGCCGCCCGGUACUACCUGAGCCCGCAGCAGCUGCGCGAGCACCACGCCCCCAUCAUGAUCUACCAGCCCAGAGACUUCAUCCGCGCACAGGUGCAGCGCGACAGCUCGCUCACCAACACCAUGGGGGGCUACCGCGAGAGCUUCAGCAGCAUCCUGGCCUUCGGCUGCGCCGAGAUCUACCAGCAGGGGGUUCUGGGAACUGAAGUCCCCGUGUCCGAGCUGCCGCUGCUGGCCCGCCGGAAACUGUGCCGCCUGCUGGACCCCCCCGACGCCCUGGGGAAGGACUGGUGCCUCCUCGCCAUGAACCUCGGCCUCACCGAUCUAGUUGCCAAAUACAGCAACGGCGCCCCCCACCCGGAGGCCCCGGAGCUGCAGCCCAGCCCCACGGCGGCGCUGCUGCAGGAGUGGAGCCGGCGCCGCGACAGCACGGUGGGGGUGCUCAUGACCAAACUGAGGGAGCUGGGCCGCAGGGACGCCGCCGACUUCCUCCUGAAGGCCGCGCCCGUUUUUAAGGUCAACCUGGAGGCGGUGGGCGGGGCCCGGAACGGGUACCCGCCCACCUGCAACGGAGGGACCUCCUACAACUCUAUAAGCUCUGUCAUUUCCCGCUGACCUAGCCCCUCCCCCUCCUUGGUCGUUCUUCGCUCCGCCCCCUCGUCUGAUGUGGAGGCGGCGCUCCAGAAUCCGGAUCUCCUUCCUGGUUUGAGCGUCUCUCACCACAACAAUUGCAACCAAAAUCUAAACGCCGGCGUGUUUUGAUGACGCCGCCGUCAAACAGCCCCGCCCCCUCAGUGGCCUUCUACCUCCCUCCAAGCACAAAGCUCCAGACGUCAGCGGUCCGGCCCGACCCGCCAGGAUCCGUGCCUUUUAAACUCCCGCAUCCAAACCCAGAAUUCAGAACAAGCGUUUCCGUGGAGACGGAUCAACCAAAUCGCCGUUUUAGAAUCUUCCACAGUUUCCGUCCGGCCAACACCUGAACAAAAGCAUAAAUCUUUUAGUGAAGCUUCAUGUCUGCUCCUCCUUUAUCGACUGCAGAAGCCACCUUGUUACCGUGGUAACCACCAGACUGACGGUUCAUCUGGGUUUUGUCUGGCGAUGGCGAGCUGCAGUUCUACGUUUGUGCCUUCAGGUGUCGCUGCAGCUCUCCUGAUUCUGAAGGUAAACAUGGACUUUGAUGGUGUUUCUCUGCCACCUGGACGACUUCUUUGACACGCUGGGGACUCGCUGAGCUGCUAGCCGCUAUGAAACGGCGUGGCGGCGGUUCAUGCCCCGCCCAUCGUCCUGCAGCGUCAGCUCUUUGCACAUUUGGCAUCGACGCCGCGUCAGUAAAGCUGAACCUGAGCUCCAGACGCAGAUCCGUUCCACUCAGCCGAGCGGAAAGGCCAGCGCUGGCGGGUUUGGGGGCGGAGCUUAACGCAGUAUUCUGUGGCUUCUUCAGUGUUACCGCCUCUUCAGAGGAGUCUGAACGGCUGCUUCCUCAGCCUGACUCGCCGUCUGUACAUACGGUCCCCCCCCCCCCCCCCCCCC